AUGGCCUCUGGAAUCUUCAACUCGUCCUAUUACGGCAAGGACUACCGCGCCGGAGCCGCCCUUCUGCGUGCGCGCCGGCCCUACCUCCUCAAGAACGCCGUGACCGGUCUGUGCCUCGUCGGAUUCACCAUCGGUGUCUAUGCCUACACUAUCCGCGCGGUCGGCCAGGAUGAGUUCUCCGACGUCAAGGUCCCCGAUGCUCCCGCCAAGCCCCAGCAGAAGCAAUAG